AUGCAGGCAGUGCUUCGAACCGAUUUGUCAGCCUGCAUCGACGAGUCCCACACCUGUCUGCAAGUGCCUUCUCGGAGGAAUCAAACCGUGAAGGCGGACAAGAGGCAACGAGAAGCUAUACAGAGCCUAGCCGGGGCGGAGGUAUUGCAGUUGCUUUUGCAGCAGGUCUUUGAGCGUGCUUCUUUGAAUGGGGUGGUUGUCGAGUCCUUCUUCCUUCAGCAGCAGAUCCAGUGGGAGAUGGACAAAUACCCAAGUCCACAGGUUUCACCAACCAGCACGGUGAGGAAUCUGCACAAGCUCCUCUCUCGCAUGAGCUUGAAACAAAUGGUUCAGUUUGUCCGGCGCAGCCCUUUUUGCGACCCCAUCUUCCUCGACCACGUGCAGGGACAGAUGUGUUCCUUAAGGCCAGGUUUUACGACGAGUGACCUCGGUGGCUCAAGGCAGGCCACGUCCGUAUGGCUAUAG